UUGACUUAGGUUUCUUACUCCUUCUUUGUGCUCUGUAUAAUGUUGCUUACCCAGAAAGGGAAUAAUGUGAUGGUACAUUAUUAUAUGCAUUGUAUAUAAUUGUAUAUAAUGCAUUGUAUAUAGAAUUGUAUGUGAUUCUGUAGUUUUCAGUUUAAAUGCUGCUUUUUAUUUUUUAAGAGAAAAAAAUCUCCAAAGAGAUUAGCGUCUUAAAAAAAAAUACAGUACAAAGCUACCUACAUAGAAUGAAGCUUUUGCUAAUGAGAGAGACUAGCAGUGUUCUGGGGAGAAGAAGAUAGACUUGGUGACUGAAACUUAGGCAAAAUCCUUGAUGUGUCUGCAAACAACCAAACGCAUUGAAGCCAGUCCCAGCUUAAUUAAUAAUAACCAUCUUUAUGUUAACUUAAUCACCAUUGUGGUUGCUUGCUGAUGGCUGAUAGUUGCAGUUUUUUAGGAGGGGAACUGAUUAGGGUUGGAAAGGUGGACUAGAUUGGGGAAAAGAGAAACAAGCUUCCAUCUGUGUCCAAAGGCUAACAGAGAGGAUCAUCGUUAAAAUAAUACUGUCUUUGAGGUCCAGUUGACAUAAGGAAUCAGAGCCAAGAUUCUGGCUGUUAAGAUAAAUGAUGACUUAAUCUAAAUAAGAAGAGGGAAAAAGAUGGGCCAUGGUGAGAGUUCAAUUCAGAAGAGCAGCGCAACAUCAGCAUUGUCUUGUUGCUAUUCAGGAAGAAAUUCUACUACAGAAGCGUUUUGGCAUUGGUAAUGAGAAAUGGGGUAUGAUGUAGCACGUUUUCAAGGGGAUGUUGAUGAAGAUCUUAUUUGCCCCAUCUGCAGUGGGGUUUUGGAGGAGCCAGUGCAGGCUCCUCAUUGUGAGCACGCUUUUUGCAAUGCCUGUAUCACCCAGUGGUUCUCCCAACAGCAGACGUGUCCUGUCGACCGAAGCGUUGUGACUGUGGCUCACCUGCGCCCUGUUCCCCGGAUCAUGCGUAACAUGCUAUCUAAGCUGCAGAUCACAUGUGACAACGCUGUUUUUGGUUGUACUGCUGUAGUGCGGCUUGACAACCUGAUGUCUCACCUCAAUGACUGCGAACACAAUCCAAAGCGGCCUGUGUCCUGUGAACAGGGAUGUGGCUUGGAAAUGCCCAAAGACGAAUUGCCGAACCAUAACUGUAUAAAACACUUACUGUCAGUAGUGCAACAGCAACAGACAAGAAUAGCUGAGUUGGAAAAGACUUAUGCAGAACAUAAGCACCAAUUAGCAGAGCAGAAACGGGACAUACAGUUGUUAAAAGCAUAUAUGCGAGCGAUACGUAGCGUCAAUCCCAACCUGCAGAAUUUGGAGGAGACUAUUGAAUAUAACGAAAUCCUCGAGUGGGUGAAUUCCUUGCAGCCAGCCCGGGUGACCCGGUGGGGUGGUAUGAUCUCUACACCAGAUGCUGUCCUUCAAGCCGUAAUCAAGCGCUCCUUAGUGGAAAGUGGCUGCCCCACAUCCAUCAUCAAUGAGUUGAUUGAAAAUGCCCACGAACGGAACUGGCCCCAAGGCCUGGCCACCCUAGAAACUCGCCAGAUGAACCGACGCUAUUACGAAAACUAUGUGGCCAAACGCAUCCCAGGCAAGCAGGCUGUGGUUGUGAUGGCCUGUGAGAAUCAGCACAUGGGAGAGGAGAUGGUGCUAGAGCCAGGCCUGGUGAUGAUAUUUGCACACGGAGUGGAAGAAAUUUAAAGACUUAACAGAGAUGAUAAAACAGCGUGCUUGAAAUAUAUAUAUAUAUAUAUAUAUUCCAUGUCUAAGCCCACUGAUUCUGUCCUGUUGUGCUGUACUAGGGCAUCAUUCCUCUCUCUGUUGAAUAAAAUGCCACUUCCUAAUUAUAUUGGGCAAGUGCCCAGCAAUUUAUGCAAAAUGCCAUGCUGCACUCCCUCCUCCUUAUGGUCAUUAACCUGAUCUGAUGUUGACAGAGAUUUCCAAAUGUCUACAAAGGAGCACAACAAAUUCCUCCCUGCUCCAGAAAGAGCAGUCAUAUAACGUCUUUGAACUCCUGAUAUGACUGCAAUGGCUUAGAUAGCUUGGUUCUAGUUUUGGGAUCUGUAAACCAUGACUUAACAUUUUGAGAAACUGAAAGUUAUUCUGAAGAAUUUUAGCCCCCCACUCCCCGGUCUGUUUGGCUUCUCUUGUCUAAGACAUCUCUGUAUAAGCCACAUGCUUUUCCAUUGUGGCCUGUGAAAUAUGGCAUUUACACAGUACUUUUAAGAUAACUUUUCAGCCUUUAUAUAGAGAGGGAUUUUGUGAGAGUGAAGGGAAGAGUAAAACAUGAGAAGGCAGAUGGCAAGUUGGAGUUGCAAGUAAUGCCAAAUGUAUACAUCAGUAGAUCCUUCAAUGUAAACUAUUUUGUGGAGCCAAAAAGCUGCCUCAUCAGGAGAACAAUCUCUGCAACUCAUUUUGGAUGUGUUUACAUUGUAUAAGAAGCAACCCUUUCCUGUUAUGGCCUGGUUUUCAGAGGAAGUCACCUUCUUUAGCUUUGUGGCAUUGGUGCCACCUCUACAGAGUGAAAUGUGAUUCUCCUCCUAAAGUCUGGAGAUCAACUUUCUCCAUGCUCUUGAAGUGUUGCUGAAGGUCUUGAGUGCUUUGCUGACUACUCCUUUCUGAUAAGAAGCAAGCCUUCAAGCAUAUGCAUCGCUCCACCUGAUCAGAAAUGGUUCCUCUAAAUUGCAUGUGCCAUUUAAAGUUGUAUCAACUUCAUGACCUUGUGAAGAAAACAGAAAAUGGAAAAUGAACUCAGAUGAAUCUUCCUUGUCUUGUUACGUUGCCUAUUUUGAGAAAUCUGUAUUACCUGUAUUUAUUUUUUUUCUUUUUUACAUCUUGAUGAUUGUGUUUAGUAUUUUGUAUUAUUUUUGUGCUUGUAUGUUUUUCCUUUUUUUUUUUUUUAAUACAGUAGCUAGGAAUGUCUUCAAGUUUAGUUUACCUGUCAAAUUUAAUUUAUUUGCCAUCAUUUUUUUUUAAUAGCAACUUUCUUCUUUCCGAUGCUUUAAAUAUUUCUUAAUUGCUUAAAGCAUUUGUGCUGGAGUUCUUGAGGACAAGGAAUAAAUGCAUCGAUAAAGGAGCAGUUAGACUUGCUCCGAUUGAAGUAUUUUGCUAUACAGUUCCAUUCUGAGCAGCUUCCAUAUGUUCCACUGCCUGAAUAUUCUUCGCUGAGUAGGAAUAUUUAAACCAGGCUUAACUUUCUUCUCCUAGUGCUUCACACAGAUUUUCUUACUGCUAUGGCAUAAGAGGUCUGUAAUAGUGCAGAAUUUGGAUCACUUCAUAUGAACAGUUCAGAUGUCUGGGGUAAAAAAAUUGCUCCUGGAAACCCUCAGUAGGAACAACGGCUGCUUGAGAAGACCUACUUGUGCUGUCUCACUAGAAGUGGCAUGGGAAAUGUUCUCAUUAUGUGCAAUAGUAAGUGGCCUAAUACUACAUGAUGAGCCCAUGAUGGAGAAUCCAUGUUAUAGCAAUACGGUUCUCAUUCCUGUUGGUUACUGGCAAUCUUGUCCUCUAUGAAAGAGAAGAGAGAGGGGACCUUGGAAGAAGAUACAGUAGUUCAAUUUCAGUCACCUAACAAAAGCAACCCCUGUCCUUCCGUCAUUUGUAUGAAUAAAGAUUGUGAAUAAUUCUCAAUAUUUGCCAGGCAGAUGCUGUUUCAGAUUCUGUUUUGUGGGAAACGCCUGUGCUUUGAAGACUCAGUUUAGUGGCCUUUACUUCUUUGCAAAUCUGACUGAUAGGUUUUGCAUUGUUUUUCAGCUGUGCUGGGUCCUCAUUUCCUCCCACCUUUCAGUUUUAAUCUUUGCUGACAUACUGCUUUAUGCUCUUCCUCUCUCCUCCCUCGUCCACACCCCUUUGAUGGUAGAGCAUUGUUUUAGAAACUGAGUCUGUCUCUGAUAACUGUUUCUGGUGGUGUGAAUUAUUACUUAAAGUAUCUUAAAAGUUCA